AUGAAUUACCUUCAACCCACAGUCUUGUCUUCUUCUAAACGACCAGAACUAAAACCAAACGAGUCUUUAUUGAUUCAACAAGGGCAUGUAGGGCUUUAUGAAGGAAAAAUAAAAUUAGAACAUUACCAAGACGGUGUAUGUUAUUUAACUUCUCACCGUAUAAUUUACGUUGAUGAUGCUAAUCCUUUGGAACACUCAAUAGAAAUAAGCUUAAAACAUGUCAAGGAUAUUGACGUUUAUGGAGGAUUCUUGCGUUCGUCUCCCAAGAUCAUGAUUCAACUUGAGGAAAAGAAAAAGGAUACAACCACUAUCAGUACCAGUGUUUGGGCCUGCCCCAUCUGUUUCUUCUCAAACAAGGCAUCAGCCAUCAAGUGUGAACUGUGCGGUGUCAAACAGUCAACGAGUACUACAACUACUAGUUCGGUGAUAGAGGAUGACAACAAUAAUCCAGAUACGUGUCGUGUGUGCACCUUUAUCAACCAUCCAAGCAUGACCCAGUGCGAGAUGUGUGGUGCAAACUUGAAGAGAGAAGAAGAGAUAACGAAUGGUACGGCCGAGAUCAAACUUUCUUUUCGUCGUGGUGGUCAUUCCAGCUUCUUGUCCAAUCUAAAGGCAGCUCUGAAUGACAAACGCUGGGACAAGGUAGAAGAAUUAUCUCUACCUGUUGGUACAUCGCGUGGUGCUGGCAUAAGUGCUAUCCAAGGUCGUAUUGAAAAGUCGACAUUAGAAGCAAAUGAAACGAUGAUAGAUGCGUUCCAAGACUUGGACCGAUUGAUGUCAAAGGCUACAGAGAUGGUCAAGCUUGCAGAAUCGAUAUCAGCUAAAAUGAGCAAAGAUCCAACCGAUCAACUAUCUGAGCUUCGAACUCAUUUGCUUAACCUUGGUAUUUCUUCACCUGUGACCAAGGAUGAUAGAAACUCAGCUGGAUCGAUUUACCAUCAAGAACUAGCAAGAGAACUUGCUGAAUUUCUAGGAAAACUCUUUAAGCAAGACGAUAUGAGAUCAUUGACAGAUAUUUACUGUCUUUUUAAUCGAGCAAGAGGAGUUGCACUUAUAUCACCUGAGGAUCUCUACAAGGCAGCUCAAGAGUUUGAACGUCUAAAACUACCCUUUAGACUACGCAAAUUCUCUAGUGGACUGACCGUAAUAGAGUCAAUCACAAUGGAUGAUAAUCGAUCGGCACAUCGCAUCCUUAAGCAUGUCAAAGAAAGAGGUGGACAUAUCACGGCUUUACAACUAGCAGAAUUAGAAAAAUUGGCUAUACCUGUCGCUUCAGAGCAAUUAUUCAUUACCGAACGUAUGGGAUUACUCUGUCGUGAUGAUGGACCAGGAGGAUUAACGUUUUAUGAAAACUUAUUUUUAACAUCUGUUUGA